CCGCCCCGGGCCCCGCUUCCCGCCGCGGCAGGAAGGAAGGACGAGCGGGCCUCGGCGCUGGUGCUGCCGGCGCGGACCCACAUUUACGUUGAUCAUUGGAGAAAACUCCACAGGUGAUGGAGGACUCACUGCAUGAAGACUCUCAGCCAUGGUAUAAUCAACAAGUAUAUGCAAGAUACUGGAAGCAUUACAAUCAAGCCAUGCAUUGGAUGUACAAGCACAAAAAUGCCUACAGGAAAGCCAUGGAGUCCUUUUAUCAUCUGUCAUGGUAUCCAUCCGAAACCUUUCCUUCAAGCCGUUACUCAGAUUGGGAUGGAGGCAACCCAUCGGAUGCUGACAACUAUUCUACUUACGCUUCAAACAGCAGAGCGCGAUACCCUUCCUGGUCCCAGCAAUACCCAGGUGCCCAUUGCAGUUCUGGAGUGAGCAAGGAUAUGGGCAGGGAUUCUGAAAUGGAGAAGGAUUCUGAGUCUGAAGAGGAGAUAGAAUGUGACCUGAGCAACAUGGAGAUCACAGAGGAGCUCCGCCAGUAUUUUGCACAGACAGAGGCACACAGGCAGGAGUUACGGAAGCAGCAGCAGCUUGAAGCCGAGCACCAGGCCAUGUAUGUCGAAGCUGAUCAUGACCUGCACCUAACAACACGACGUUCGGUACAACCCCCUGCAGAAAGACCCGGGGAGAGACGUAUGGCUGAAAUGAAGAAACUCUAUGGUGUGGGUGCGGCCAAAAUCCAAGCCAUGGAGACUGCCAUGCAACUUGCCUUUGAUAGGAACUGUGAUAAAAAGCAGCCCAAGUACUGGCCUGUUAUCCCCCUGAAACUGUGAGCUGUAUCAUCUUCUGUACUAGCAGUCCAGCGCUGCAGCUGUGGGUGCCCAAUCAGGCUACAUAGCUCAAUGAAUGAAUCAGGGGUCCUCACUUGUUCUCCUUUCCCCUCCUGCCAAACACACUCCCCCUCUUCUUUUUAAUCUGUCUACCAGAGUUUUCAGAACCUAUAGCAUCUCCACAGGGAAGUCCUAAAUUAUUGAUUUGUACUGUAGGGAUAGUGAAAUUUUACUUCUUUUAAAAUAUAUAUUUCACUAAUUUAAUGUUGGUCUGCCUGGACCAUGCUUGCAGGAAAUGCAAUAGCAUUUGUUUGCACUUAGUGAGCUGGGAAGACUGUUCAGCAACACAAAAAUCUCUACAAAUGAUCCACUUAUUUAUUAUUUUUAAUAUAGUAGCCUUGAGAUCCAUUUUAACACAGUACAGCUUGAAGUGUUGUGAAUUCUGAACCCUCAUCCUUGAUUUGGGGAUCCUGCAGUCAAUUGGCCAAGG